CAAUGACGUCACUGUUUCAUUUUCCUUCAGUUCCUGUUCGCAAAACUUAGCACUCACCGUUGCUGAAAGGUUUAUUUACAAAUCUCUGUGCUUUCGUUUGGGUUUUCGCUCAAGUCGCGCGCGCGAUCGCAGUGUCCACUAAAAUAGGGAAAAAUGUCCCGCCGGUUGGCCAAACUGAAUCCGUACGAGCUGCACAAGCACCUGAUCAAUGAGUACAUCCUGACCAAGCCGGGUGCCACCAAGUUGCUGCAGCGGGACACGUCCCGCGAUAAAACCGACCGAGAUGUGCUGCGGGAGCACCAUCGCUUCCUGUGGGAGGACGGCGACACAGUGGACUCGUGGGAGAAACAACUGGCCAAAAAGUACUACGAUAAGCUUUUUCGCGAAUAUUGCAUCGCCGAUCUCAGUCGGUACCGGGAGAAUAAGGUAGCUAUGCGCUGGCGAAUCGAGAAAGAGGUCGUUCUUGGCAAGGGUCAGUUCAUAUGCGGUGGUCGAUCCUGCGAGGAACGUGAAGCCCUCCGCAGCUGGGAAGUUAACUUUGCCUAUCUGGAGCAAGGCGCCAAAAAGAAUGCCCUGGUUAAGUUGCGAUUGUGCCCCUCGUGCUCCGAUAAGCUGAAUUAUCAUUCCAAAAAGCGAGAAAUCAAGCGACUGAAGAAACGAGAGAAGAAGGAAAAGAUCUCUCGACGGGAUAAGGUUGAAGAGUCAGACAUCGUUGAGGCUGGGAGCAUUGUACAAUCUAGCACGGAAGAGCGCACUAGUGAUCGUGAAACGGAAGAUAGCGAUAACCAGGCUGAAACAUCAGUACACGAUGCAGAACUUCCAAGUAGUUCUGCACCAGCAACGGACAGUUGUUGGACCAAAGGUCCAGAAGUCGAGGAGAAAACUCGAGAGGAAGAAUUUGAUGAAUACUUGGAAGAUUUGCUGUUGUAAACUUUACGCGAAUCCCCGGAUUACAACUCUGAGAGUCCUUUCACGCACAAACGCAACACAACGAUCGCUCUGGCGGAUAGAGCGAUCAAACUCACGGAUGCGGAAAACCGGCCACAAGCAAUAGACAUGGUCAAAAGGAUAUUAAAAUGCAACAAUUAUCCGGAAUGGUUCAUU